UUACACUACAACAAAUUUUUGAAAACAAUGCAAAUAAAGAGACAAAUAAAUCCUGGGAACCUGAUACCGACCGAUAAAUAAAGUUCUUAUCAAUUACAAACUAUAAAGUGAUUGCUUCAAACAAUACAACAAAAGUGACUAACUUUAUUGUGUCUACAAUAGUAUUACAUAGUAUGCUAAUUUCGAGGCUAAUUUUUUACCCACAGCCACAAAAAAAAUUGUGAAUUUGAAAAAAAAAAACAAAGAAGCCAUAACCGAAAAUCACCUUCAAAAAUGGAGGCCACCAUGGAAAAACCUAAGCUCGCAAUGGAUCAAGCUACUGCAUUUAAAGAAAAGGGAAACGCUGCUCUGGCGGAAAACAAAAUUGAUGAGGCCAUCAACUUUUACACUGAAGGAAUUAAUUUGGAUAGUAAUAACGCGGUACUCUAUUCAAACCGUUCUGCUGCCUAUGCAAAAGUCUAUAAGUAUGACCUUUCUCUAAAAGAUGCGGAAAAGGCCAUUGAGAUAAAGCCAGAUUGGGCCAAAGCUUAUUCUAGAAAAGGUGCUGCUUUGGCCUACUUGGGCAGACUUGAUGAAGCCAUCGAAACAUAUGAAAAGGGGCUGGAAUUAGAACCGUCUAACCAACAAUUAAAGGAUGGCUUGGCAGAAGUUAGGUCUCAAAAAACAUCUCAAAGGGGAGCAGGAGGAUUCCCGAAUCCCUUUUCUGGUCCAGAGGUAAUUGGAAAACUUAAGUCUGACCCUAGGACUGCUGCAUUCUUGAAUGAUCCUGACUAUUUAGCUUUGCUAGCCCAAUUGCAGGCUAAUCCGCAAACUUUGGGAGAAAAAUUGCAGGAUCCAAGACUGCUUACCACUUUGACUGUUUUAAUGGGUCUCGAUCCUGGCGCAGAUGAACCGAUGGACUCAGAACCUAUCUACACACCACCUCCUAGAAGACCGGAACCAAAACCCCAACCGGAAAAAGCGCCAGAACCAGAGUUGCCUGAAAAUAAAAAGAAAGCAAAAGAAGCCAAGGAAUUGGGAAAUGCUGCUUAUAAGAAAAAAGAUUUCGAAAAUGCUGUUCAGCAUUACAAUGAAGCUAUCAAACACGAUCCCACAGACAUAACUUUUUAUAACAAUCUUGCAGCAGUAUAUUUUGAACAAAAAGAAUAUGAUCAGUGUAUUAAAGAGUGUGAAAAGGGCAUUGAGGUUGGCAGAGAAAACAGGGCCGAUUUCAAAAUGAUCGCAAAAUCCCUUAUGAGAAUAGGCAAUGCCUACAAAAAGAAAAAAGACUAUACAAAUGCCAGGACUUAUUAUGAGAAAUCAAUGUCUGAACAUAGAACUCCAGAAAUUAGAACUUUGUUAUCAGAAAUCGAAAAGGUAAUCAAAGAAGAAGAAAAGAAGUCCUACAUUAAUCCGGAAUUAGCUGAACAAGAAAAAGAAAAGGGCAAUGAAUUGUUUAAAAAUGGAGAUUAUGCUCAAGCUGUCAAGCACUACACUGAAGCCAUUAAACGUAACCCGGAUGAUGCUAAAAUCUAUAGUAACCGUGCUGCAUGCUACACUAAACUGGCCGCUUUUGAUUUAGGAUUAAAAGAUUGCGAAAAAUGCGUAGAAUUGGACCCCAAAUUCAUUAAGGGCUGGAUCCGGAAAGGGACGAUUUUACAAGCAAUGAAGCAACCUGAUAAGGCUGUUGUAGCUUUCCAAAGAGCCCUGGACGUCGACCCUAAUAAUGCGGAAGCUCUUCAAGGAUACAGAGCAAUUACUAUGGAAAGAGCCACCCAGGAGACUGACCCAGAAAAAAUUAGACAAAGGGCCAUGGCCGAUCCUGAAGUGCAACAAAUCCUUUCUGAUCCCGCGAUGAGAAUGAUUUUAGAACAAAUGUCUGAUGAUCCCAGAGCUCUUCAAGACCAUUUAAAAAAUCCAGCAGUAGCCGCUAAGAUUCAAAAAUUGUUAGAAUCUGGCAUUAUUGCAAUUCAUGAUUCUAGUAAAAUUAAAUGGUCACAAAUUGGACUGCUGAACAUGGGAUGCGUCGGAUGCGAUACUUGUUGCGGAGCAGGACUUGUAGGUUAUUACAACCUUUGUACUUGGCUCUUGAGGAGCCUUCUAAACCCUAAGAAAAAAUCUAAAUCCAAAACGAAAUCGGAAAAUUUGGGUGUGACUUCUUCAGAAUCUGAAAACGCUCCAGUAAUCGUCGAGGCAUCCCAGCAAUCUAAUAUUGCAAGCAACGCUAAAUCUGUCGAAAACACCCAAGAUAACUUGGAAAAAAAUGACGAGACGGUAGAGGUUGAUAUCGCUGAGACUGCUCAGGAAGCUCAUGAUGUUAUAUCCGCAGCCGCGUUUGAAAACACAAGCAUUCAGCAAGCCCAUGACAUAGUUGCAAUCAAUAAUUUAGUGAUACAAGAUGACAUAGAUGUGGCGUGUGAAGCUAUUCCAUCCAACCAAAGUGCUCAGAAGGCAGGUUCAUCAAUCAUUAAUGACGAAGAUUCACAAAUACAACAGGACAAAGCAGCCAAAGAGGACCAAUGGAAUUUCGAAAGGUUUUUAGAAAUGAAUAAACAAAUACUUUAUACUUUGGAUAACAUUGAAUCUAUAACUGCCCAACCUAAAACGGUGGCUGAAAAAGAGAAACUUGAAAGUUUACAAGUUGAGGAUUCUGAUAUAAAACCUUACACAGUGGAACAACUUAAUGCGCUUUAUUACAACAGUGAACUAGAUGUUUUGGAAGAUUUUACCAAAACUUAUAUAGAUGCCGAACUUAAGGGUUUACAUUUGAAAAAACAUUAUUUGUAUGAAUUAUUGUCAAAUUAUUUGAAAAUCAGGGAAAAAAUUACAGGUAACAACAUUGAAAUCGAACAGCUCAGAAAGGAAUACCGCAACUUGCAACUUGAAAUCUGGACUAGUGAUACAACAACAAUACAAGGCAGCGCCCAAUGCCAAGACGGUCGCCUCGUUUAUACCUCUCAUGAGUUUAACAGAAGCAUAUUUCAUCGAUCCGCUUUUCAAAAUGCCACCAGAAUUUUAGGAAAAGUGCAAAAAUUAGUCUUCGAUAACCACGUCUUAUUUUCUUAUUCCUCGGAAGAAUUGCGACUACAAAUCGACCUGUAUAUAGAACAGAUUAUAGGAAACAUUUCGGCCUUAAAGCAACUAAGUUCCAAAUCCCCAGUUUCUUUGACAAUGCAAGACGAAUCGCCUUAUUUUAAAACCAAUAUAAACGAAAUAAGGCAGUCCAUAUCGGUGUUAUUUGCUUUUCAACGAAAACUUAUAACAGAUACGACGUUUUUGAAGGAUAGCCGGAAGUGGUUGACUAAAUUAGUCGCCGUUUUAAUUAGGGUGGCUAAUUAUCAGGAUCAUUUGUUUUUGAUACAUCAUAUUUUAAGGUGUCCUGCGGGUGUAGGAAUAUGGGCUGCAUCAUUUAUUCAAGUGCCAUUGGAUUUACCUGUAGAAGAGCCAUUCGCAAAUUACCAAAUAAAUCAUAUUUUAAGCUUAUUGUCUGUAAUUUUAAGCCCUGUAAGGGAAAGAAAGGAGUUUCUAAAAGAUAUUGUUCAUUGCAACAAUGUCCCAUCAGAAACUAACUGGGUCUUAGUAGAUUCCGAUGGUGAAGAGGAUGAUGAAACUGGUAUUUCACUUCGUGAAAACGAUUUAGUGGCCAUAUUUAAUCAAUUACCUUUAGGAGGCAUGUUUAAAAGCGUUUUACUAAUAAAUACAAUAGAUGGCAAGGAUCAGUACGAUAGUGAUACAGUUACGCAGCAGCAUAUAUUAAGAUGUUUUGCCUUUUCUUCUGUGAUAUUAAGGCUGAUACAUUGUGGCUUAGAGACGUAUUCUCAACCAAAAUAUAAUCAGUUUUCUAAGAGGCUCAGUCGCUUUAUACGGCAUAUUGUACAGUAUACCACUGACCAAUGGGAAUUAUUUUUGAAGAGGGGCAAUUUUACAGAUAAAGCCAUGAUCCAAAGACUACAAACCGAGUAUGAUGCCUUCUUUUUGCGGGCAAUUUACUAUUUGUACUCUUCCCAGAAACUUAGAGCCUGGCAAUUUCUAGCAGUAGUUCCUUACAACAUGGUAACCAUUAAAACUCUAUGGAAAAUUUAUUACUUUUUACACAUGCCUGAUGAUAAAGCUGAAGACAUAAUUGAUUUUUCGUUAAACGCUGAUUUUAGAAAAAAGAUUUGGGAAAGUGGUUUGAGGAAUCAGUUUGAAGAGAAAUUGAAUAAUUUAGGAGAUGCCGAAGUGUAUUAUUUGCUAAAUACUUUUGCUAAUAUGUCUUUGGCCAGAAGUGAGGCGGAUAUUGAUUUUAUUUAUUCGUCUACUAUGGAUAUUUUGCAGGUGGGAUUCGUAUCUGAGAUAACUCAAGAUACGUGCUCAAAAUCAGCUAGAAUCUUAUUGACACACCUUACAUCCAAACAUCCCUGCUUAUUAUCGAGCAUUCUAAAAACAGUCCAGGAGAAUUUGGAUAAAAUUGGUGGAUUUGCUUUGUAUCUUUAUGAAGAUAUACCCUUGUCAAUUUGGGUUUUAUCCGAUAACGAUAUGGAAAUUAUUGAAAGAUUAUUGUUGCGAUAUCCUGUCAAUUCCGAUCAAACAAAAUUAGCAAGAAUGAUUUUGUCUCGGCUCAACUGGGACAUUUUGCCAUAUGAAAAACAUUGUGAAACUGCCUUGCUAGUUUUAAAGGCUGCUGAUCAAGAACCCACUUAUUCACAAUGGGGAUGGCAAACAAUUCUACGUUUGAGAUUACAUAUCAGCGAUCGUCAUUUUCAAGAAUUAGGACGAGUUUAUGAAGUGGAACGAUCUGAAGUAUUGUUAAAAGGAGUUCGUGAAAAUCAACCGCUCCCCUGCUUUGUCGCAAUACUAAUGACAACCUGGGGCCAUUUAGUGCCUCUAAUAUGCAGCAACGGCCUCAGCCAACUACUAACUUUACAACUGCACCAAAAACACGAGGCGGUCUUGUUUGCUUUGUACCAAAUAAUACCAAUUUUCAUCACUUGCCAAGAAUGCAUUAUAAAUUGUAAUAAAUUUCAAGAGAUUUUAAGUAAUCUAUUGAAUGCCGAUAGAGGAUAUAUUUCUUAUGCCAAGAGUUUUAUUAUUACACAGAAUACUGUUUUGCAGCAGUUUGGAAAUAUGGUUGAAACUCAGAUUGUUAAUUAUGCAUUUUAUAAUUUGAAUAGUCCAAGACUGUUGGCCAGUACCCCACAAGAAUCCUCAUCAUCGAUUAUAGGGAUUUUCAAAUGGGCUUCUGGCACCAGUAAUAGUUCAACCUCUCUUUUAUCCAGCUCUUUAGGCUCAUAUCCAUGGUUGGCUUAUAUAUUUUUGGAAAUAGAACGUCAAGAAAAAGAAGCUAAGACUGGUCUUUGGAUUGAAAUUCUCAAGGAGUUGGCCAAACAAAAAGGAAAAAUAAACGUCGAUAAUGCCAUAAAGAAUGCUGCUACAAGUUUGAAAAUGUCUGCCUUUAGUUCGACUUUUCUUUGUAUCUACAGAUGGGCGCAACAAGCAAUGGAUACUGAUAUGAACCAUCCUUUGUUACCAUUAUUUUGGCAAAAAUUCUUCAUUUUAUAUUUGACAAGGUUGCCAAAUAUUAGUUACACAGACAAAGUUUGUGUGGGAGACAAGUUUUUUGAAGGGAUAGUCAAUUUUGCUUUCCUGAAACGUAUCAAAAGACGCCUGCAAGAAACUUUAGAGUUUUAUGGUGUUCAAAUGGUGUCAAAGGAAAAUUCUGAUAAAGCCGAACAUUUAAAAUUACGUUACAACAUUUUCCAAGCUUUCUUAUUGUGGCUAGAGGAGCCAAGAUUACAAAGUGGAAAUUUAUUACUUGAAAGUUUACCAGUUCAAUAUCACCCUAGACUUUUGUCAGUAAUAAUCAAGGAAGAAAGCCAAGUGCCAUGGUAUGAAUAUCUGGAUCAUAAUCAGAUCAUUGACGAGCAAACAAAAGCAAUAAAACUAUGGAAAGUUGCAAAUUUCCGCGAAAAAUCUCACGUUAAUCAACCACUUUCGAAUCCGGGUCACAGUGUAGAGAGUUCAGAUCCAGUGGAGAGAAUUUUGAGAAGAUUGAAUUCUUAUGACGCUAUAAAACUACCACCUGAAAUCCAACGUAAACCUAUUAACUUGAUACAAAUAGACUUUAGUAGUAAAGAAAAUAUGUUUAGAACUCUGAAAGAAUGUUUUGAUACCAUAAAUCGAUUCGCACAUGAUCACAGUCUAAGUUUGUCGGAGCAAAAAGCUUUGAAUUCCGGCUAUCAAGAACUGGUGCCGCAAUUAUUUAGUUCUGUGUUGAAAAGAAUUAAAAAACAAGUACCCUGCAAGGGGAAAAAUCAAACGGUGCAUUGUUCAGGUCCAGCUACAAUAACUUUGGAGAUCCAAGAAGCGAAACGAAAUGACAGAAUUGAACAUGAAAUGCAAAUCAACCGACAAUCCUAUGAGUCUCUACUAGAUAAAUGCCUUAAGUUUCCUCAUGCGUCUUUGUGUACUGCUUCAGUAUCAAUUCAACAAUGUGUUCAAACCCUUCAGCAUGAAAUCAAGACAAAUCCUGGAACUGCAGAAUUAGGAGUGGAAUUGUUUUAUUACGUUCUGCCAUUGCUUCAAGAAGAUAUAGCUUUGUAUUUACCUGCUAAAAGCCUUUUUGUGAAUUGCAUUGAGAAGCUUGGACAGUCGCACAUUUGUGGAGUUGAAUAUGAAAUGCCAAGUGUGAAAAUGUCUGAAUCAGCAAAAAAUAUCCUUAUACCCAAAGGUACCAUUGAUCCAGAAGAAAACGCAGUAAUCGAAAUUCCUGGUGAACUAUGUGAUAAACCUCUAGUCUGUGUUCAAAAGAAGAGUAUUACAAAAGUUCCCAAAAUAAGUAAUAUUAAUAAAAGUCCAAACUUACGCAGUGUGUUAAAAAAUCCGCAAUAUGUCAAGGAAAACUCUUGCAGUUCGGCAACGGAAAGUUUCGCUACCGCAACGAAUAGUUACAAUAAAACAUCCGAAAUAAUGCAAAAUGCGAAAAAAGAAUUAGAAGCUAUAUUGCUUAAAACAAACAUAAGCUUCUCGCCAAUGCCUAGCUGUUCCAGUAAAAGCAUACAUAAUAUAUCUUCCACCGUGUCACCGAUUAGUUCAAUGACAUCAAAUACAUCUGCUAGUGAUAAAAUCAUUCAAACUUCAAUCAGCAAAAGCCAUAUGAUUUCUAGAGUAGUACUUGUCAAAAGUUCAUAUACUCAAACAAUAAAAUCAAGUAGAUGUUCAGUGAGUACCCCAAUUAAUGCACCCAAAACGAAAUCAAUUGCAAUCAAUACUAUGCUAAGUUUUCAUGUGAGCGAAAAUCCAGGGAUGGAUAGUUUUUUGUGCCAAAUAUGUGUUCAAAAAGGUCUCAAUCCUUAUUGUCCUGUUUGUAAUAAAGAAUCGUUUGACGGAAUAUCAGGUGAUGUGAGUAUCAAACAGUUGCAAAGCGCCUUCUCAAAAACUAAACGGUCAUUACAAAAAGCUGUAGAAGUGGCGGAUCAAUCAUACAAAAACAUUUCAAAAAGAUCCAAAUACAGUAAAACAUGUAAAUCAGAGUCAAGUGAAUUUGUUUCUAUGGACAAUAUUUCAGAGUUACCAUCAGAAUCAUUAGUUUUUUUGCCAGCUUACAACAGUACACAUUCGCCCGCUCCUACAAGUGGAGUUGUGAAAUGUCCCAAAGUAAAAUUAAAUGAGAAAUAUACCAAAACUGAACUUGUAAAAUGUCCUUUUACUGAAAGACAACCAAAAAGAAAUUUAACUGACCAAUACACUGAAGUUAAGCUUGUAAAAUGUCGUUGCACAGAAAGGCAACCAAAUAGAAAUUUCCCAGGCAAAUACACUAAAAUUGUAAGGUGUCCUAACAAAAAAUUGGAUGAGAAAUCAAGUUCUACUGAAAAAACUGCUAAAGCACGAUUGCUCGAGUGGAUUUUAAAACAACCAAACUUGGGUAACUACCUGGCUCCAUAUUUCUUACCCAGCAACACUGGCACUGCAAAUAUGCUCCUAAUGUAUUCAACUGUAACUAAAGAAAUGGCUAAGAAAUAUGAUGUAAUAUUUGCUCUUGUAUCGAAGUUUGAAAUAGACAAAUGGCUCAAAGACAAGCAUCCCAAUUUAAGUCAACGUUCGCAGAUUAUCAAAAAUAUAAUUGAUGCUUUGUCAGCAUUGGGCUGUGAUCCUCCAAUGGAUGCUCUUAUGUUACACGGCCUUUAUAGGAAACAUUUAUUAUCAGUAUUUGAACAUCAAUUCCCUGAACACUAUGGUGAAAUUUUUUCGCUCCUGCUAAAAUCCAGCAAUGGAACUCCUGAGAAUAAUUUAAUUGCCGAAUCAGUCUGGAUUGAUGUGCUUAAUUUGCUAGCGAACCCUGCUAAAAUACAUCCCAAGGCACCAAUAAGAGAUCAGCUGCGGCAAUAUGCGCAACAUCAAAAAAUGCUCUCUCAUCAAGAACUAUUGGAGACUGCUGAUAUGCUAGCCCGUCAUUUUACACAGGAAAGAUUCAGCUAUGGCUUGUAUGGCUUAUACCCGAAGUGCCGCAAAUAUGUGGAUAUUUAUGUUCUUUUGCUAGGUAUGACAGGCCAUGGGAUUAUUCUUAGUAUGCUUAACACUCAUCGAGGACUAUUAGGAGAUAAAUUAAGUGAAAAAAUUUGGCCGUCUAUAAGAGACUUAUUCGCUCCUUGGCUUAUUCCAUAUUCAAUGCACAAUUUGAAAGAAAAUAUGGCCACCUGGAUACAGCAACUGGCUGAUGAUAGACCCGUUUUAUUACCAUGGAUUCCGUCUGAUAAGGAAUCAGCUGAGAAAAUGAUCAGGAUCUUUUGUGAGUGUAUCGACUUUAUUUUAGACACUUUGCCAGCUUCCUUCAUUAUACUCAAUUACAUUUGGCGAUGGUAUGUGGUUUCUUUUGGACAUCCAUCAAUUAGAGACCAUAUUUUGAUACCAAUUCAUUGUGCCUUUACCAUGUUGCCAUGGAAUAAUUUUUGGCCUUCUAUGGUGGAUUUAGAAUUUAUGAUACGUGUGGUUGAUCAAUAUUUACCAGAAUGCCACUCAUUCUUAGGUCACAUUUUUAUAUCGAUACCUUGGCUGAAAUGGAUUAAUAGUUUCGCAGAUGCUCCACAGCAAAUUAAGGCCAAAGUUCACCAUUGUUUUCUAAGUCUAUUGGUCAAGCUAUCAAUCGAACCAAAUAUAAGAAAAACCCAUAAAGAAAAAACAAGAUCUCUAUUAAUUCAAGCUGAAAAUUUCGAUUGGUCCAUACUCGAACCUCCUGUGUUUCAACACAUCAUGGAUUGGGUUUUGAUGUCUUGCGAUUGUACGGUUAUUUUCAAAAGUGACGUAUUAGAUUUGGAUUAUCGAUUGAUGAGACUACUAAAAGUUGCUUCAGGAUACAACGAAGUGUGGCCUUUUAUACCACCUGAUUUAACAAUGAAAAGGCAAAUAUACGUUAAGACGCAUAUAAAAUUGUUGUCCGCUUUUAUAAGCAAAAAUAGGAAUUUACAAAAUACUUCUGAGGCUGAGCUAUGCAAAGUUUUAAACGGAUACUUAACCGAACUAGAAACUGUCGUUACGACAACUGCUGAAAUGGAAAUAAUCCUAAAAGAAGUCUGUGCAGUUGUAAAUAUUGCUGAAAUAUCAUUGAUAAGCUUAAAAGUUUUUACAAGAUGGAUUAACAGCAAACCUUAUGGUUUGGUCAUAAAAACUUUACUUAGGACGCUUGGAACUUCUGUUAUCGACUAUAAAUAUUUGGCUGUGUUAUAUGAAGUGACUUUAACUAGUUAUUUCAAUAAUAGUGUUAUUGAAAGUAACUUAGAUGAACCCUCGUGGAAAAAAGCAAGGGAUUUGAUUUGUGUAAGUGCAUCAAGACCAAUAGAUUUUGAACAGGUUUUGAUAGACGACGGCUCUAUUUUGACUCUCAACGCGCUACUUCUACAAAGAGUCAAAAAAAAUACUGACACGGAGAAUUUAUUGAAUUAUGCAAUUGGGUAUAUGGAGAAAAUUAAAAUGAGGGAAUCGAUAGAAUCCAAAGUCCCUUUGCUGUGGUUCAGUAUAAUAAAGUUGGCUUUGUGCCAUUGUGAAAAAGACGAAGCUGUUGCGAGUUCUUUAUUGUACAAAUUUUCCCAAAUACUUUUGCAAAUUUCAGAAGAAUCCGGAUCUGCGAAAUGGGGUAGAGGCCUUUUGAGUGCCAUCGGCUUGACCAAGUCGGAAAGUGUGACCAUAAAUUUUAGGUUUAUAUCACGUGCAAUGGCCGGAUACAUUCUAGCUCAGUUGCCCGAAAUGAAAGGCUCACAGCGAAAAGUUAGGAUUGCCGCAAAUGCUCCAUGUGUGGUUGGUAUGCCUGGCGGUAAUUGCGAAUGUCCGAAAGUUUUGCUCGAGUUGGACUUUCGACAAUCCCAAGGGAAAAUCAAAGAUUGUGCUGUGAUUGCGUUAACUAAUAUUCAAGAUCCUUCUAAUUCUUUACAUAACGCCCACACCUUCUUGUGGAUGUUAUUGAAGCAAUUUUAUAUCAAGCCUUACCUAAAGGAGGGAUAACGCAAAUGCCUAUUUUAUAUUCUAUCAAUAUAUUACUUAUUAAACAAAUAUUGUUGACUAUUGAAUAUUCUUAUUGUUUAUUAGUUUAGUGAUAAAAAUAUGAUGAAAAGGUUUUUUUUUACAAAUUUUCUUUAUGAAAUACAUAGGUAAUUGGAAUAGGUUCCCUUUUUUUUUAUAAUACAUAUUGUGUAUCAUUUCAUUUAUAUUUUCUCAAAAAAUAAAAGUAUAAAAUUUG